AUGGAUUACGACAUUCAACAGCGCUAUAUGCCAUUCUGCACACGACGCUGCAGGCGUGGGCUGGGCUUCUAUCCGUACGGCACACCCAAUGCAACCCUCUCGACGCCCUUCACACCCUCCGGUAUGCUGCUCAAGGCGGUCUUAAUUGUGGGCGCCCGGGCCCUUCAGGGUGCGAACUCGAAGCCCCAAAAUGCACCAGGAGGGCCCUCCGUUCCGAACGGCAAUCAGGGCUGGGGCCAUCUGAACAUGGCUGGCUCACUGCCAUUGGCGGGUUUCACCGACCCACGGGUCCAUCUUCAGCUGCUGGACCGCGGAGAGUUCUCCUUCCCAGGGCAGGCUGUGGCGGCCAGUGGCAUCGUGGCGACGGGCACAGGCCCCAUCUCCAUAGUGUUGACCUACUAUGAUUACCCAGCUGACAGUAACGCCGGUCAAGCGCUUGUCAACGACCUGGACCUGUUUGUCUAUGUCGACGACUGGGAGUACAUUGGCAACAACGACGAAAAUGCAGCUAACCCCGUUGUCGACAGCGUCAACACCGUUGAGCGGGUGCUGCUCACGUCGCCUCCUGCCGGGGCCUCUCUUCACAUUGUGGUGGUGGCGUCGAACCUGCCCUCCCUGAUAUUUGACUCUACCACACCUCAGCGUUGGGCGGUGGCGGUGGUGGGCCACUUCACCGGGAACCUGCAGUCGGAGCUCAACCCCUUCUGGGCAAAGUGGCAGGGCAGGCCCACCUCCAGCCCCACGUCCGCCGCCAUCACCAUAUCCGUCCCUGGACCCGCCGCCUCAACGACCUCAUUCACCACCCUCACCCACGCGACCUUCCCCGCCACCGCCCACCCAGCCCACCAAAACCAACACCCCCAGGGCUCUGACAAGGUUGAACCAGCCGCAGCCCUUGUUGAUGCAGCUCCUUUAUGUCGCUCUGCUGCUGAAGGAAGCGUCAAAGUUUUGUCGCCCUCCUCCCGUUAG